CUCUUGCUUACCUCCGACUUCAGAUCGCCCCAGUUCACUACACCACCACAUCCGCACAGUGAUGGCCACCCGUCGUAUUCCGUAUGUCCGAGUGGGUAACUCGGGUCUGAAAGUGUCCAAGAUCGUCUUAGGUUGCAUGAGCUAUGGCUCGCCCGAGUGGUCCCCUUGGGUCCUGGAAGAGGAGGAAGCAAUCAAACACAUCAAGGCGGCAUACGAUGCUGGGAUACAGUCCUUCGAUACCGCCAACGUCUACUCGAACGGACUGAGCGAGGUUAUUCUGGGCAAAGCGAUCAAGAAGCUCAAGCUCCCUCGCGAGGAGAUUGUCGUGAUGACGAAGCUCUUCGUGGCGGUCGGAGCUACGCCAUCAGAAAAGGUAUCUCGAGUAGCAGCAGAGGCAGAUGCUGCAGGCUACGUCAACCAGUAUGGUCUCAGCAGGAAGCAUAUUUUCGACAGCGUCAAAGCGAGUCUGAAACGUCUCGAUCUGGAAUACAUCGAUCUGUACUGGUGUCACCGUUUUGACUAUAACACCCCUAUCGAAGAAACGAUGCAAGCCCUACAUGAUGUCGUGAAAGCGGGCUAUGUCCGUUAUAUCGGCAUGAGCUCAUGCUAUGCCUAUCAGUUCCAUGCGAUGCAGAACUACGCCAUCAGCCACAACCUCACCCCCUUCAUUGCGAUGCAGAACCAUUACAAUCUCGUCUACCGUGAGGAAGAACGUGAAAUGAUGCCUACCCUCAAGCAUUUUGGAGUCGGUUCCAUUCCGUGGAGUCCACUCGCCAGAGGAGCUGUCACUCGUCCGGUGGAUGCGGAAAAGACAACCAGGGCCACUGGAGACUUCUUGAAGCCUGAUACUUACCUUAACGCUAACCCUGGCGGCAAAGAUAUUGUUCGCAGGAUUGAGGAAGUGGCGAAGAAGCAUGACGCCACAAUGGCGCAGGUGGCACUGGCUUGGACCAUGGCGAAAGACGCCGUCUCUGCGCCCAUCAUCGGUACAACUUCGCUUGAAAAAUUGGAGGAUCUGCUUGGUGCGGUGAACGUCAAACUUUCUGAAGAGGACAUCAAAUAUAUGGAGGAGCCGUAUAAGCCGACGCCCUUGAUAGGUCAUGUCUAGUUGGAAGGAUGGUGGCUCUGCAUGAUAAGCGACUCGAUUCAAUGUAUUUGCAUUAUCAGCCAUGCGAUCUUCAUGAAUGUGUACGUUUGAGUAGAUAGGGUCGUCAAUGAUGUGACCGUAUACGGU